UUGGGAGUUAAUAGAUUCUGAAUUGUUGUUUAAAUGAAGAAUUAGACUGAAAGUUAAAAUUUUUAAAGUCAACAAAUACUGAUGGCUUUUUGGACCAAGAAAAUAAUGGGUGGUUUAGGGGUAAAUGAAGAAUUUUAUGCAGAUUUUGUUGAAAAAAGUGAAGACUUUUAACUUUGAUCUCACUUUAUGACUCUUAUACUCCCUCCGUCCCAAUUUAUGUGAUAUAAGUUUGACUGGACACGUAGUUUAAGAAAAAAAAGGAAGACUUUGAAUUUUGUGGUCUAAAAUGAGCUAAAGAUAUUUAUUGUGGUUCUAGAUCAUCUCGUUAAGUGUAAAAGGUAAAGCUUAAAGUUAAAUUAUUCCUAAAUAAGAAAAUGUAUCGUUCUUUUUAGGGAUGGACUAAAGCGAAAAGUGUGUAUGUUUGGUAAUCCAGACUCCACUUAUGGGAUUACAAUGGGUAUGCUAUUGUUGUUGGUAUGUUUGGGAUUAAUGGAAAUUUUUUUGUAUAAAAAAAAAAAAUGUUGUUUUGGGUGUUUUGUUGGAUAUAAAUGUAGGUGAUAUUUGUAUUUGUAGAAGGUGGUGGAUAGGGUAUGCAGAUAGUAUUUUGGUGAUAUUUUUGAGUAAUAAAGGUUGAAACAACGUCGAAAUAUUGAUGAAACAGGUAAUUUGGAGUAAGAGCUAGGAUACUUGUGAAGAAAGACUUCUGCCUAUGGGUGAUAGAAGUCUUUUUUCUCAUUUUGGUAAAAGAUUAUCUCCUUUCAAGAGGAUUUCCUAUAAUUCCAGGUACAAGCGAUAGAUCCAAUUUAGAGGUGAGAAGAGGUUUUUGACUUUGGCAUUUUUUCUGAAAGAUAUAAUCAUGUGUGAACCGGAAUCUGAUGCUGCUCGUGGGGCUUUUAGUUUUCUUGAUGUGGACCAACUUUUUAGUUCCAACUAUUAUGGUGACAGUAGACAGCAUGACAUUGAAAUCUCUCAUGAACAAUAUGCCAGAGAAAACCGCUGUCACCCAUCAUAUUGCAACGUUGAAAAUGAUGAGCUUAUUGCUCAGGCUCUACAAGAAGAACUGUCAGAGUUGUCCAUUGCAGAAGAUGCUGAAUCUUCACAUGCAGAUCAGCAGUACUUACAAGCCUCCACUGGUGUACAACAUUGGCAGGGUCCUCCAAGGGAGUACUAUGCUGGGCAUGAUACUGGCCUAGAAGCUGAUGAUUUAGGGCCUUCAAGUUCUUGCUCUAGUCCUGGCAACAGAUCAUAUGAUGGAGAAGAUUAUACCUACACAUUGGACAUACAAGAUGAAUUUGAGAUUGAUGGAGAAGUAAGGAAGAGAAUAAACCAACUGAGUGCUGUUCCUCAUGUUCCUAGAAUAAAUGGAGACAUACCUUCAGUUGAUGAAGCAACCUCUGAUCACCAAAGGCUGCUAGAUAGAUUGCAAACAAAUGACUUGGUGGAGCACAAAGUGCAAGGAGAUGGCAACUGUCAGUUCCGUGCUUUAUCAGAUCAAUUCUAUCGUACCCCAGAGCACCACAAAUUUGUCAGACAGCAAAUAGUCACUCAGCUUAAAGCUCAUCCAGAGAUAUAUGAGGGAUAUGUCCCAAUGGCAUAUGAUGAAUACUUGAAGAGGAUGUCCGAGAAUGGGGAAUGGGGCGAUCAUGUUACACUGCAGGCUGCCGCUGACUCGUAUGGCGUGAAAGUUUUUGUUCUAACGUCAUUCAAAGACACAUAUUACAUUGAGAUUCUUCCGAAGGAUCAAAAGUCAAACAGAGUCAUAUACUUGAGUUUCUGGGCGGAGGUGCACUACAACUCAAUCUACCCUCAAGGAGACUUCCUGCCAUGUGAUGAUUUUAAGAAGAAGAAGAAGAAGUGGAGUUUCUGGAACAUGCAUUAAGAGUUCUUGACCUAUAUAUUCAAGGCAAACACUACCUGCAUCGGUGUCAUCCUGGCUGCGGUACACAGCUUCUAGUGCAGUACUUACUAUACAUUACAAUAACAACUAUGCCUCAACUCCGAGCAAGUUAGAGUUGGCUAGCUUUGCAUUCUUUUUCUUUAUGAUAAGUAAUACUUACUUUUACAUUUUUACAUAAUUGUUCACAUAAUAAAGUAUAGCAAUAGUCAAUAGUUUGUUAUCAGUUGCAUACGAAUAAGAUCAUAUUGUUUAUAUAGAUAUCUUGUUUCUGUUCAAACAUUGUGCUCCAACAUGCACAUUUCUCUCAGUUAUUUCGAUGCUUUAUACAAAUUAUAUGCAUACAGUAA